AUGCAUCUGUACAACCUCACCCUUCAACCUCCCACCGCAAUUACCCAUGCCGUGGCGGGCAACUUCUCUGGCUCUCGCACGCAAGAGAUAGUCGUUUCGCGCGGCACUCGCCUCGAGCUUCUCCGACCCGAUGUGCAAAGCGGCAAGGUCCUCACCGUCAUCGCCUCAGAUGUCUUCGGCUCUAUUAGGUCCCUCGCGGCGUUCAGGUUGACUGGCGGUACUAAGGAUUAUGUGAUCGUAGGGUCAGAUUCAGGCCGUGUUGUCAUCCUAGAUUACGACCCGAAGACGAGCAGCUUUGUCAAGGUCCACCAAGAAACUUACGGGAAGUCAGGGGCGCGUCGAAUCGUCCCUGGACAGUAUCUCGCAACAGACCCAAAAGGACGCGCCGUGAUGAUUGGGGCCGUAGAAAAAGCAAAGCUGGUUUACAUCCUGAACCGCGACGCUGCCGCCAACUUGACCAUCUCAUCGCCUUUGGAGGCGCAUAAAAACAAUGCCAUCAUACACCACAUCGUCGGGCUCGACGUUGGCUUCGAAAACCCCACGUUUGCGGCUUUGGAAGUAGACUACACAGAGUCUGACCAAGAUUCAACCGGAGAAGCUUUCAACAACGCGGAGAAGAUGCUCACCUAUUACGAGUUGGAUUUGGGUCUGAACCACGUCGUAAGGAAAUGGAGCGAGCCCACGGACCUCCGGGCUAACCUCCUUGUACAAGUCCCUGGUGGCCAGCUCGCGACUUCGGACAGGUAUGAUGGACCCUCGGGUGUACUUGUAUGCUGCGAAGACCAUAUCAUCUACCGCCACAUGGACUCCCCUCAACACCGUGUCCCUAUUCCUCGGAGGAAGCAUCCGCUAGAAGAUUCGGACCGUGGUCUCAUCAUCACCUCUGCUGUCAUGCACAAGAUGAAGGGUGCAUUCUUCUUCCUGCUUCAAAGCGAGGAAGGCGAUCUCUACAAGGUCACCAUUGAGCAUGAAGAGCAGGAUGUUAGGUCACUCAAAAUCAAGUACUUUGACACCGUUCCUGUCGCGUCCAGUCUAUGCAUUCUGAAGUCAGGCUUCUUGUUUGUAGCGUCAGAGUUUGGCAACCACUACUUCUAUCAGUUCCAGAAGCUCGGAGAUGACGAUGAUGAACCAGAGUUCAGCUCAACGGACUACCCUGGUCAAGGAAUGCUCGAUCCCGCCGAACCUCUCCCUCGCGCUUACUUCCGUCCCCGAGCUCUGGACAACUUAACGCUUGUCGAUGAGCUGGAAUCGUUGAACCCUAUCGUUGAUUCGAAAGUCAUGAAUCUCCUUCCAAAUUCCGACACGCCUCAGAUCUUCGCGGCUUGCGGCCGUGGUGCAAGGAGUACGUUCAGGACAUUGCGACAUGGUCUUGAAGUUGAGGAGGUUGUCAGCUCCAUCUUGCCGGGUAUACCCAACGCGGUAUGGACGACGAAGCUCAAGGAAGAUGAUCCGUAUGAUUCUUACAUCAUCCUCUCUUUCGUCAACGGUACGCUGGUGUUGUGUAUCGGCGAGACCAUCGAGGAAGUUCAGGACACUGGCUUCCUCUCUUCCGCCCCUACUCUCGCCGUGCAGCAGAUCGGCGUGGAUGCUCUCCUCCAAGUCCACCCUCACGGCAUUCGGCACGUACUCGCCGAUCACCGUGUCAACGAAUGGCGAGUUCCCGCCGGCAGGACCAUCGUUUGCGCUACGACCAACAAACGCCAAGUAGUCGUUGCGUUGUCCUCGGCUGAGCUUGUGUACUUCGAGUUGGACCUCGAUGGGCAGCUUAACGAGUACCAGGACCGGAAAGCUAUGGGCAGUACGGUUUUGGCCCUGAGUAUCGCGGAAGUUCCUGAAGGCCGUCAACGAACUCCUUUCCUGGCAGUCGGAUGUGAGGACCAGACCGUCCGAAUCGUCUCCCUUGAUCCUGAGAGCACCCUGGAGACUAUCAGUCUACAAGCCUUGACCUCGCCGCCAUCGGCCAUUUGCAUCGCCGACAUGCUUGACGCCGGUAUCAACAAAGUGCAACCAACGACGUUUGUCAACAUUGGCCUUCAAAACGGUGUCUUGCUUCGUACCGUUCUUGACCCUGUCAACGGACAACUGACAGACACCCGGACACGGUUUCUGGGUACCCGCCCGGUCCGUCUCCUUCGCGUCAAUGUGCAGCAGAACCCAGCCAUCCUUGCACUGUCCUCCCGCCCCUGGCUCAAUUACACCUACCAGAACUUCAUGCACUUUACGCCCCUCAUUUUCGAAAACCUGGACUAUGCAUGGAGCUUCUCGGCAGAGCUUUGUACAGAAGGUCUCAUCGGCAUAUCUGGAAGCCUACUCCGGAUCUUCCAGAUUCCGAAGUUGGGCACAAAGCUCAAGCAAGAUUCUAUGCCACUUUCCUACACACCCCGCAAAUUUAUCCCGCAUCCAAAGAACGGUCUUCUAUACCUAAUCGAAGGUGACCAUCGCGUCUUGAGCGAGGCGGCAGCGACGAAGCAUUUGCAGGCUUUGCGUGACAAUGGCAAGUCAAUCGACGAUGAGGUCCUCUCGCUUCCUCCAGAGCAGUUCGGACGGCCCAAAGCAGCUGCAGGUACUUGGGCCUCGUGCAUCCGGAUCAUCAGCCCGCUGGAGUCUCAGACGGUGAACAUCAUCCACCUGGACAACAACGAGAUGGCCUUCUCUAUUGCGAUGGUCCCGUUCUCUGCCAAGAACAACGAGUUGCAUCUUGUCGUCGGCACGGCGCAAGACACGUUCCUUGCUCCUCGCUCAUGUACGAGUGGCUUUUUGCGCACAUAUCGUUUCACGGAAGACGGUCGCAAUCUUGAGCUACUCCACAAGACGGAGACAAACGACGUUCCCCUCGCUGUGAUGGCAUUCCAGGGUAAGCUCGUCGCUGGUGUUGGAAAGGCCCUUCGCUUGUACGAUAUGGGUAAGAAAAAGUUGCUUCGCAAAGUAGAGAAUAAGACUUUCAGCUCGGCCAUUGUCACUCUGAACACUCAAGGGUCGAGGAUCAUCGUUGGUGACAUGCAGGACUCUGUCUUCUAUGCUGUCUACAAGCCGCCAGAGAACAAGUUGCUCGUGUUUGCCGACGACGUGCAGCAACGCUGGGUCACAUCGACCACAAUGCUGGACUACAACACCGUCGUUGCCAGCGACCGCUUCGGCAACGUCUUCGUCAACCGCCUAGAGGCGAAGAUCUCGGACCAGGUCGACGACGACCCCACAGGCGCAGGCAUCUUGCACGAAAAGGGCCAGCUCUUCGGCGCGCCGCACAAGACGGUGAUGCUCGCGCACUUCCACGUCAACGACCUCGUCACAUCCCUCCAUCGCGUCUCCCUCGUCGCUGGGGGUCGCGAGGUGAUCCUCUACACCGGGCUGUACGGCACGAUCGGCAUCCUCGUACCGUUUGUGUCGAAGGAGGACGUCGAUCUCCUGACGACACUGGAGCAGCACAUGCGCACGGAGCAACUCAGUCUCGUCGGCCGCGACCACCUCGCGUGGCGCGGGUACUACGUGCCCGUCAAGGCCGUCGUCGAUGGGGACCUGUGCGAGGCGUUCGCGAAGCUGCCCGCGACCAAGCAGAGCGCGAUCGCGGGCGAGCUGGAUCGCACGGUCGGGGAGGUUCUGAAGAAGUUGGAGCAGCUGCGCGUGACCGCGAGCGGGUUCUGA